AUGGAUUACGUCGAUAUACAAGCGGUGGAGUCAAAGUUAACGGACGUAACAGUGACUCCGAUUCCGAUGAUAAAGAAUGCUCAUACCAACAUCAGCACCGGCAGCAGUAGCAGCUUCAACAGCAGCAACAAUACGGCCAGCAUCACCAUCACCCCGCAGGUGAACCAUCGUAACAACAACCACCACACUGCACCGGCCAAUGAUGGAUCCUCAGGUGCACUGGCUUUAACAGUCGGUUCCACCAGCGCGGCAAAUUUGGUGGCGCCGGUUACUACAUUUAAUCAUUUUCCCAACAACGCCAGUCUGUCCAAGUACGCUCAGCUGUUGAUGGUGAUUGAAGAGAUGGGACGUGAUUUGCGCCCGACUUACACCGGAAGCCGGAACUCGGCUGAACGAUUAAAACGCCUGAUCGUACACGCCCGUAUACUCGUUCGGGAAUGUCUGGUAGAAACGGAACGUUCCGCAAGGCAGUAA